AUGACAGUAACAAGAAUCAGUGAAUUGAAUGCAGGUCGCCGUGUCUGUCACUUAUACCAAACAUCUUAUAUCUAUCUAUCUAUCUAUCUAUCUAUCUAUCUAUCUAUCUAUCUAUCUAUCUAUCUAUCUAUCUAUGUUAACAUAUAUCUUAUCUCUCUCUCUAUCUAUCUAUCUAUCUAUCUAUCUAUCUAUCUAUCUAUCUAUCUGUCUGUCUGUCUGUCUGUAUAUUUCUCUAUAUCUAACUAUCUAUCUAUCUGCCUGUCUGUCUAUUCUCGUCUGUUUAAAUCUAUCUAUAUAUCUCUCCUCGUCUGUUUAAAUCUAUCUAUCUAUCUAUCUCUCAAUCCUCGUCUGUUUAAAUCUAUAUAUGUAUGUAAGUAUGUAUGUAUCUAUCGAUUUAUCUAUCUAUCUAUCUAUCUAUCUAUCUAUCUAUCUAUCUAUCUAUCUAACCUCGUCUGUUUAAAUCUAUCUAUCUAUCUAUCUAUCUAUCCUCGUCUGUAUAAAUCUAUCUCUCUCUCUCUCUCUCUCUCUCUCUCUCUCUCUCUAUCUAUCUAUCUAUCUAUCUUCGUCUGUAUAAAUUUAUCUAUCUCUCUCUCUCUCUCUCUAUCUUCUGGAGAUAAUUUCAGACGCUGUUUUCCGUUCUUUGUGAUGGCUUCAAAUUGGUUGAUAUCUAUCUAUACGAAUUCUCUGAUACCUUUAAAAUUUGUUUUUGUUUUUAUAUUUUUAUACUUGUUUUUCUUUAUUAUUGUCAUUUCUUCAAAACUAUUUUUAUUAUUUUCUUUAUUUCGUAAAUUAUAUUUCUUCUUUAAAUUUGAUUUUCUUAUUCUUUUUUACAUUACUGAUUUUCUUUUUUUUCAUUCUUUCUUUUUUCGUUCUUUUUUCUUUCUUUCUUUUUUCUUUCUUUUUUCUUUCUUUCUUUUUUCGUUCUUUUUUCUUUCUUUCUUUUUUCUUUCUUUUUUCUUUCUUUCUUUAUCUUUCUUUUUUCUUUCUUUCUUACUUUUUUCUUUCUUUCUUUUUUCUUUCUUUUUUCUUUCUUUCUUUUUCUUUCGUUCUUUUUUAUUUCUUUCUUUCUUUUUUUUCUUUCGUUCUUUUUUCUUUUUUUUUCUUUCGUUCUUUUUUCUUUCUUUCUUUCUUUUUAUCUUUCUUUCUUUCUUUUUAUUUCUUUCUUUUUUUCUUUCUUUUUUCUUUCUUUUUUUUUCGUUCUUUUUUCUUUCUUUUUUCUUUCUUUCUUUUUUCUUUUUUCUUUUUUCUUUCUUUCUUUUUAUCUUUUUUCUUUCUUUUUUCUUUUUCUUUCUUUCUUUUUUCUUUCUUUAUUUCUUUCUUUUUCUUUCUUUCUUUUUUCUUUCUUUCUUUCUUUUCCGUUCUUUUUUCUUUUUUUUUUUUUCUUUUUUUUUUCUUUCUUUUUUUUUUUUUUCUUUCUUUCUUUUUUCUUUCUUUUUUCUUUUUUUUCUUUCUUUCUUUCUUUCUUUCUUUCUUUCCAUUUACUCUUUUCACGUGUGGAUCCUAUCUAUCUAUCUAUCUAUCUAUCUAUCUAUCUAUCUCACAUUGAUUCUAUCUUAA